CGAUGAUAUACUGGCCGGGCAGGUCAUAUAAGACUCGUGGGGAACCCCUAAAGACUCUUAAACGCCUGAAUUGACCUUGCUCCUCGGUAAAUCUUGGGUUCGGUUGCUAACCAUGAGAUUUCCUAUCUUUGCUGCGGCGUUCGCCACGGCCUCGGCGGCCCCGACUCUCGACUGGGCGGCAGCCUACGAGAAGGCAAAUUCUUCGUUGACGAAGCUGUCGCAGAAUGACAAAAUCAACAUCGUUACAGGAGUAGGCUGGAAUAAAGGACCCUGCGUUGGUAACACGGCGCCGGUGAGUUCUAUCAGCUAUCCUCAGCUGUGCUUACAAGACGGACCUCUCGGCGUCCGAUUUGCCACGGGGAAUAACGCCUUCGUUCCGGGAAUCCAAGUCGCGGCGACUUGGGAUCGCGCCUUGAUGAGGGAACGGGGACAGUUUAUGGCUGAGGAGACGAAAGGGUGCGGCGUACAUGUGUUGCUAGGUCCCGUCGCCGGUCCUCUCGGUAAGAAUCCUGCAGGCGGGCGAAACUGGGAGGGCUUCGGCGCCGACCCCUACUUGCAAGGCAUCGCCAUGGCGGAAACUAUUGAGGGCAUGCAGAGCGUUGGUGUUCAGGCCAAUGCGAAGCAUUACAUCCUUAACGAGCAAGAGCUGAACCGCGAGACCAUAAGCUCUAACAUUGACGACCGAACUAUACAUGAGCUUUACCUCUGGCCCUUUGCAGAUGCCGUACAUGCAAACGUCGCAUCAGUCAUGUGCUCUUAUAAUAAGAUCAAUGGCACUUGGGCAUGCGAGAACCCGUACGUUAUAGACACGCUCUUGAAGAAAGAGCUGGGCUUCCAAGGAUACGUGAUGACGGACUGGAAUGCACAACAUUCUACUGUCGAAGCUGCGACCUCCGGACUUGACAUGACCAUGCCUGGCACUGAUUUCAACGGCGGGUCUCAGUACUGGGGCUCGAAGUUGACCCAGGCUGUAAGCAGUGGUCAGGUGCCGCAGUCGCGUCUCGAUGACAUGGUGCGCCGAAUUCUGGUGGCGUGGUACUUGCUAGGCCAGGACAGCGGCUAUCCCGUGACCAACCUCAAGGCGAACGUGCAAGGAACUCACAAGACAAAUAUUCGCGCGACGGCUAGAGACGGAAUCGUCCUACUAAAGAACGAAGGAGGUAUUCUCCCUCUGAAGAAACCCGGCAAGCUCGGAUUAGUCGGCUCUGCUGCUGUUGCCAACCCCCAAGGAAUCAACUCUUGUACCGACCAGGGAUGCAACGCUGGUGCCCUCGGAAUGGGUUGGGGCUCUGGAACUGCAUCUUAUCCGUAUUUUAGCGCUCCGGCAGAUGCCAUUAAGACUCGAGCCCAGGCCGACGGGACGCAGAUCAGCUUGUCCUCGUCUGACAGCAUCAGCUCCGUGAGCUCGGCGGUCGACGGGGCGGAUGCCGCUAUCGUAUUCGUUACUUCCGACAGCGGUGAAGGAUACAUUACGGUGGAAGACAAUGUGGGCGACCGCAAUCAUCUCGAUCCGUGGCAUAAUGGCAACGAGCUUGUUAAGGCUGUUGCUGCAGCGAGUGAUAAUGUGAUUGUUGUCGUGCACUCCGUCGGCCCCGUCAUUCUCGAGACGAUUCUAGCGCAACCGAACGUCAAGGCGAUCGUGUGGGCUGGUCUCCCGUCUCAAGAGAAUGGCAAUGCGCUCGUAGACGUACUCUACGGAGAUACAAACCCUUCAGGAAAGCUGCCGUACACUAUUGCUAAGUCUGCCGCUGAUUACGGAAUUAAAACCAGUCAAGGCAAUGACGACUUUAAGGAGGGUCUGUAUAUUGACUACCGCAAGUUCGAUAAAGAAGGUAUCGCACCGAGGUACGAAUUUGGCUAUGGUAUAUCGUAUACCAACUUCACUUACUCCGAUAUUUUUGUUGAUGGGCGGCCAACGGCGGGCCCUGCAACUGGGGAUAUCAUCCCGGGAGGGCAUGCUGACCUCUGGGAGACGGUAGUGACUGUUACCGCCACAAUUACCAACUCGGGCGCUGUUCAAGGCGCCGAGGUAGCACAGUUAUACAUAGGCUAUCCAGAGUCCGCCGCCACGCCGCCAAAGCAGCUUCGCGGGUUCGAGAAAUUGGCCCUAGAGCCAGGCGCUGAGGACACCGUCGCCUUUGAAGUCAAGAGACGAGACUUGAGUGUUUGGGAUACGGCGAAACAAAACUGGGUUGUUCCCUCGGGUAUUUUCAACUUCACCGUCGGUGCGAGCAGCCGCGAUAUUCGACUGAGCGGCACCCUCGUGGUUCCAUAAUCGGAAAGGUGCAGACAAACCUCUUCCAUUUACCAUGUAUAGGUAUAUACCACUCGAGAUAUGUAUUCGAUAAGAAUCACUACGCCGAGGAAAAUAAUGAUGUAAAGAUCGAGUAGUACUUUCCUCAGCAGCGAUGCAGCGGCUAA